AGUACAGAAAUGCUCACAGCUGCCUUUAGAUGCAAGCCCAGUUGCUGCAGUGACAUGGAAGCAUAACAGUACACAAGGCCUAGCUGUCACACCCUGUGUGCCCACCCAGAGAGAGGACACGAAGGCCAGGCCGGGAGCAUGGCACGGCCAUCCGCAGUGGCUCUGCUCUGGCUGCAGUGAGCUGUGAGUCCAUAAUGCCAGAUGCUAGCAGGAGCAUGUUGUGCAUGCUUCAAGAAGAGUUAUGAAAAGGAGGAAGCCAGCCAGCGAACCGGAACACUGGAAUUAUCCUCCUGGAGAUUCAGAGGUCCAACAUUCCAUGAGGGAAGAUGUGGGCAAGGAAUCUUAUGGCAAGGGCCUUAUAUGACAAUGUUCCAGAAUGUGCCGAGGAGCUGGCCUUUCGCAAGGGAGACAUCCUGACUGUCAUUGAGCAGAAUACUGGGGGACUGGAAGGAUGGUGGCUGUGCUCCCUCCACGGUCGGCAAGGCAUUGUCCCUGGCAACAGGGUGAAGCUUCUGAUUGGUCCCGUACAGGACAGCCCCUCCAAUCACGAACAGCCUAUUUCUGGACCCAUGCAUCAGACCUUCAGCCCACAGAUGCUCUACCAAGUGCCAAACUCACAGGCAGCGGCGGCAUCUCGUGACACUGUCUACCAAGUGCCACCUUCCUACCAGAAUCAGGGAAUUUACCAAGUACCCACUGGCCACGCUGCCCAAGAACAAGAUGUGUAUCAAGUGCCACCAUCACAGAGAAGCACUGGGGGCACCAACGGCCCCCACUUAAAUAAAAAGGUGAUCACCCCCGUGAGGACCGGCCACGGCUAUGUGUACGAGUACCCAUCCAGAUACCAGACGGGCGUCUACGACAUCCCUCCUUCCCACACCGCUCAGGGGGUAUAUGACAUCCCUCCAUCAUCUGUGAAGGGCGCUGCAUUUUCGGUUCCAGUGGGAGAGCUAAAACCUCAAGGGGUGUAUGACAUCCCUCCUAUGAAAGGGAUCUAUGCCAUCCCACCUUCUGCUUGCCGAGACGAGGUGGCACUUCGGGAAAAGGAGUAUGAUUUCCCUCCUCCAGUGAAACAGGCCGACAGGGCCGACAUGAGACCCAAGGGGGUCUAUGACAUCCCCCCCACCAGCGCCAAGCCAGGGGCCAAGGACCUCCACACCAAGUACAGCUGUGACGGGCCGGGGGCUGCUGAGCCGGUGACACGAAGACACCUUUCCCUGCGCCACCCAUCCCCGCCGCCGAAACAGCCAGUGGGUGCUCAGAAUGACGCCUACGACAUCCCCCGAGGAAUUCAGUUUCUGGAGCCAUCAGCAGAAGCCAGUGAGAAAGCAAAUCCUGAGGAAAGAAAUGGUGUUUACGAUGUCCCUCUGCACAACCCCCCGGAUUCUAAAGGCUCUCGGGACUUGGUAGAUGGCAUCAACCGCUUGUCUUUCUCCAGCACGGGGAGUACCAGGAGUAACAUGUCCACAUCGUCCACCUCCUCAAAGGAGUCCUCACUGUCAGUCUCCCCGCCUCAGGACCAAAGGCUCUUCCUGGAUCCAGACUCCGCCAUCGAGCGGCUCCACCGGCUCCAGCAGGCCCUGGAGACAGGCGUCUGCAGCCUGAUGGCCCUGGUGACCACGGACUGGCGGUGCUAUGGGUACAUGGAGAGGCACAUCAACGAGAUCCGCACAGCCGUGGACAAGGUGGAGCUGUGCCUGCGGGAGUACCUGCACUUCGCCAAGGGAGCCGUGGCGAAUGCCUCCUGCCUCCCGGAACUCGUGCUGCACAACAAAAUGAAGAGGGAACUGCAGAGAGUGGAGGAUUCCCACCAGAUCCUGAGCCAAACCAGCCAUGACUUAAACGAAUGCAGCUGGUCCCUGAACAUCCUGGCCGUCAACAAACCCCAAAACAAAUGCGAUGAUCUGGACCGAUUUGUGAUGGUGGCCAAGACGGUGCCUGAUGAUGCCAAGCAACUGACCACCACCAUCAAUACCAACGCAGAAACCCUCUUCAGACCGGGCCCUGGCAGUUUGCAUCUAAAGAAUGGGCCUGAAAGCAUCACGAACCCAACUGAGUACCCACACGCUGGCUCCCAGAUGCAGCUGCUUCACCCGGGUGACUGCAAAGCCCAGGCCUACAACAAGCCAAUGCCGCUCACCCUGGGCAAGGACCAGCCCCCUGACUGCAGCAGCAGCAGCGAUGGCUCCGAGAGGAGCUGGAUGGAUGAUUAUGAUUAUGUCCACCUCCAGGGCAAAGAGGAGUUUGAGAGGCAACAGAAGGAGCUGUUGGAAAAAGAGAAUAUCAUCAAACAGAGCAAGAUGCAGCUGGAGCAUCAUCAGCUGAGUCAGUUCCAGCUGCUGGAACAAGAGAUUACAAAGCCUGUGGAGAACGACAUGUCCAAGUGGAAGCCCUCUCAGAACCUCCCAACCACAAACAGCAGCGUGGGGGCUCAGGACAGGCAGCUGCUCUGCUUCUACUAUGACCAGUGUGAGACCCACUUCAUCUCCCUCCUCAACGCCAUCGACGCCCUCUUCAGCUGUGUCAGCUCAGCCCAGCCUCCCCGGAUCUUUGUGGCCCACAGCAAGUUCGUCAUCCUCAGUGCCCACAAACUGGUGUUCAUUGGAGACACGCUGACAAGGCAGGUGGCUGCGCAGGACAUUCGCAACAAAGUCAUGAACUCCAGCAACCAGCUCUGUGAACAGCUCAAGACUAUAGUGAUGGCGACCAAGAUGGCCGCCCUGCAUUACCCCAGCACCACAGCCCUGCAGGAGAUGGUCCACCAGGUGACAGACCUGUCCAGGAACGCUCAGCUCUUCAAGCGCUCUCUGUUAGAGAUGGCGACAUUCUGAGGGGAAGAGAAGGAAGGGAGGGACUGUGUGAAUGAUCACUUCAGGAAAACUGGAAGAACGAUCUGGUUUUUGUAAAUGUUAUCUAUUUUUGUAGAUAUUUUAUACGAAGAUGAAAUAUUUUAACAUUUUAUGAGUUAGACAACUUUCAGAAAUUCAGGGAAGCUAGAGAGGGAAAUCUUUUUCUUUUUUCCCUCUGUGGUUUCUACGUAUGCAUAUGAGUAUCUAAGACAUAAGCUGUACAGAAAUGUGUCCGUGUGUGUGGAUGACUGUAUUCAUGGGGGUUUUUGGUAGAUGUUUGUGUCAUACAUUCCAUUUAAGAAACAUGAGCUAAGAAGCACCUUAGUAAGCACCUCCUAAUGCUGCAUUUUGAGUUUUAAAAAAUUCUUCUUGUUUAGAAUACAUUUCAGCUGGUUGUUAAUAUUGCUUUACCUGUAGUAGUAAAGACUCAGCCCAGCACACACAAAUCUGAGAAAUAUGGCAUAUUUACAAGUGUUCAUCUCCCACACAAUGAAGCAUUGUACACCUUAUUCUUGUUUUAAACCUCUUUCAAAACUGACUGCCUAGAACACAUUGCAGCAAAUCACCCACUUCUGGUUGGAGAGCUCUCUUGGAUGGCGAGUUUCAGAAAGCAUACAUUAACCCAGACCCAUGUACCAAGAGACCAUGUCUACAGUUGGGAUUGGCUAUUUCAAUGCUGAGAGGUAGCUACAGUAAAGGGUAAUAUUUGUUUCCCUAAGGCUAGCCAAUCUUCUGCAUUUAUGAGGGAUUCAGCCAUCAGGUUUUCCAAAGGAUAUUUACAGCAUUGUAAAAAAAAUAAAUUCAUUUGUAAGCAAGAAUUCAUGAAGACAGAUCAGAAUGUCCUUUCCACAAAAACAAGGAAUGCUUCUAUCUGCCAGUUGUAAGUAGAUGCCUUUCUGACUCUUCACAUUCAGUACAUACUUCUAUCCCGUUACCAGGGAAACCGGCCAGGUCCCUGGUCACUGACCUUCAGCCACCUGGCCGUAUCCUGGUCUUUUCGCUUGGUCUUGCACCCUCUUUGAAACUCACAUAUGCAGAUCUGAUUCUCAGAGCAGCUUCAGGGGUCCCUCUGAUCCUCACAACUCUGUGGCUAGUGUCCUUGUGAUUAAGACCCACCCUGUCUCACAGUUAGUCCCAGCAUCUGUCCCAUACCCCGUCUUCUCUCAGCUGCCAGUGUGGACCUGACACAGCCAUCAGAUUCGUCAUGGGCAGAUGAAAUACUCCCAUCAGGCCUCUCCAAGAAGCCCUGCUCUCUAUAAGCUUUUAGACCACAGUACUCUGGUCUUGUUGGAAACAUGUUUUCAUUUGCAAUAUUUGCAGGAUAUUCUUUGGCCAAAUUAGCUUACUUGGUUGAACCACCAAAUCAUUGGACCAGGAAAGGAUUUAAGAAAAAUGCAUGUCUCUGAGGUGAUGUAAAGACGUAAGUGGAAACUAUAGAAGGUGCUUUUCAAAACAACCACUAUUAUCAUUUUCAAAGUUGAACACUACCAAAAGAAGAUUUAAAAGCGUUUUGUUAUGUCACAAAUAAACGUGUGUGGAAGAGGGGAGUUGCUGAACACCAGUAACACUUGAAGACAUUAAAAAUCUGCCCUUGUAGAUUUCAUUGUAUGGUGUAUAUUUCCUAGAAGAUAACAGACUUAUUCUAAGCUAUGAGGUGAUAUUUCACAUCUUCAAAGGCAGAAUGUUCCAUCUGUAUCAUUUUGCCAUCUUGUAUGUAGAGACUAUUUUUAAACCAUUAAAAUUUUAGAUCUCUUUUUAUA